AUGCGCAGAUUCGAGCGACUUCAGAGAUUCUACGAGGCUCUGAAAGCUGUGUAUGGACUCACACAUUGGUCAAAAGAACUCAAAGUCAUACAACAAGUGAAUAUUGAUAAGGUAGCUAGGAUUGAUGAUAGCAUCCCAUCUGAGGUCUGGAAACACGGAGAUCAGGCAUUUCGUGAUAAAUUCCACGAGCUUGUUCUGCAAUAUGAAGAAAAUGGCAUUUAUAUCCGAUAUUGUACUGACGAACACCUAUUCAACUUGAGACGACUGAAAGCUCUCAUUAAGAUCCUAAAUUACCACUUGCCAUAUUCAAGUACUACUUUUUGCCGACGAUGUCACCUUCUUUGCUCACACAGAAGUAACCCUGUAGCGCUUAACAUCCUGUUUUGCAAAGGUAGUAGAGCUUUUUGGGCUAGAAGUAAGCUUGAAGAAGACAGAAGUUCUUUAUCAUCCUGCACCACAGGAUGA